UGUAUUAACAAACCUUUAGGAUUAGAGCGUAGAAUGGCACACUUGCUUACAUUAGCGGUCAUAGCCGCUUUACUACUAGCUGGAUUUUUACUCUUUCGGUAUGGAAACAUUCCGCGUCAGCAUAUUAUUGUAACAUUAUCUGUGUUGAUGGCAUGGUGUUUCUCUUUUCUUAUUGUCUUCACUAUUCCACUUGAUGUCACAAAUACUUUGUACCGACAAUGUCUUCAAGAACAUAACGAUAUUGGAAUGUCGACGACACCUGCAGUUUUCAAUCAGUCGCAAGUUGAAAUCGAGUCAGUAGCUUAUUCUCAUUGUCAAGCUCCAUGGGGCAUGAUUCCUGAUGAUAUGUUUCCAAAUUUGUGGAGAAUAAUAUAUUGGUCGUCACAGUUUCUUACUUGGUUAAUUAUGCCGCUUAUGCAAUCGUAUUUGAAAGCAGGCGACUUUACCAUUAAAGGAAAAUUAAAGUCUGCUCUUGUCGAGAAUGCAAUAUAUUACAGUUCAUAUUUAUUCAUAUGUGGCAUAUUGUUGAUUUAUAUAGCUGCGAAAGGCGUCUCUCUAGAUUGGCAGAAGCUAAAAGCCAUUGCAUCUUCGUCUUCAAAUACUUGGGGAUUGUUUCUACUAGUGCUGCUGCUUGGCUACGCACUCGUCGAAGUACCUCGCUCAUUAUGGAAUAAUGCAAUGACUGGUUUUACAUUACAAUACGCAUAUUUUAAAUUAGCAAAACUAAGCUCGAGUAAGGCAGAGGCAGAAGAGAAUGUAGACGAUGUUUUAGAGUCUCUACAAGGAAUAAACCGUGCCAUCCCUAAUGAUCAUGAGUUACGUCCAUGUGUGGAGACAAUACUACGCAAAGUACCAACAGAGCUUAUUGAGCGUGCGAUUCGGAAUUAUGCCCGUGGGGGUAGUAACGGGGGCAUUCCUACAAAUAUACCAACAGAAAAGUCAUUAAUACGAAUUCAUAAGCAAGUAAUUAAGUCGUUGCAGACAUUACAACGUAGUGAAUCCCUUUGGAGUGUACAGGUAGAGACAGUUCUGUACCUUGAAGAUAUAUCACGAAAUAUGCAUUCUGCGGAUAGAUUAUUCACAUCAGAGUUUCCAUCCCAACGUCCUCAAUUAUGUAGAGCCCUUUAUAGCCCAUCAUUGCAUUGGUAUUGGGAGUGCAAAUGUAAAACGCACUUCUUGAAAGCUCUUUCCAUUUUGACAGCAAUUAUGUCUUUCAUGGUCGUAUGGAGUGAACUUACAUUUUUUAAUCGACAACCGGUGCUUUCUAUAUUCGCUCAGGCUAUAAAUAUUGCCAAGUAUAACUAUAAAUUCUUUACUAUUGAAUUAUUUUCAAUGAUUGUGUUGUGCUAUCUCUUCUACUGCACUUAUUCUACGAUUUUGCGCAUACGUUUUUUAAAUCUUUAUUACUUGGCUCCACAUCAUCAAACAAAUGAGCACAGUUUAAUUUUUAGUGGAAUGCUGCUAUGUCGGCUAACGCCACCAAUGUGUCUUAAUUUUCUGGGUCUUAUACACAUGGAUUCGCAUAUAAUUGAAAAGCGGAUUCUCGAAACAUACUAUACCCAAAUCAUGGGUCACAUGGACGUUUUAAGCAUAAUUUCAGAUGGUUUCAAUAUUUAUUUUCCAAUGUGUAUGUUGGCAUUUUGUUUGGCUACUUGGUUUAGUUUGGGUAGUCGCAUUUUAAAUGCUAUAGGAUUCCAACAAUUCCUUCAGAAUGAAACAAUUGCAACGGAGUUGGUUCAAGAAGGCAAAGAUUUGAUUGCGCGAGAAAAGCGACGGCGCCAUCGAGCCGAGGAUGCAAUGUCACGACGUAGAGAUACAACAUCUGUUACGAAUGAAUAUAUUGCUAAAUAUCGUAAUUUUGGUGGAACCACCGCCCAAGUUGGUGCACUUGGCCCUUUACGCACACCAACUGAUGGACUUUUGUGUGAUAGAGACCGAUUAGGAUAUGAGACUGUUUCAUCACCCUUAAACACUCGUAUUUCACCGAUGGGAAUGACGCGUAGUCUAUCCGAAGAAAUAAAUGAACGUUUCGGAGUUAGUACUCAUCUGGAAAUUGAUUUUAAAGGCCUCACGCAACCCCUAAAUGAUACUGAGAAGAGCUCUGAUAAUUUUAAAGACGUUACGGAAGGACGUGAGAGAUCACCGCUUCGGGGGCUUUUUGAUGAUGUUUGAUAAAUCGUAGAUAUACGGAAAGCACACUAUAUUCCAAGGAUAAUUAAUUAUUAUAAUUAUAAUACCCAAAAAUUAACAGAAGCGAUUCAUUUAAUACAAUAUAAAUGAUACUCGGUUGAA